CUAACCUUGUGGCAGGGCGGAGUAGUUGAAGAGGCGGAGAAAUUGGGAUCAGACCAGAAGGACAGGGACUGGGAGCUGCCUAGGAUGGGUUCCUGAAAGGAAGAAGGCAUAUUUGUUUGGAGUCAUCAAGAAGCAAUACUACAUAGUGGUAGUAACUCAUUUGACUGUAGAAGUUCUUGGGAUAGGAGAAACUACUACGACAAAAUGAAAACAAGAAACAGGCCACUGUUAUCGUCAUUACCAUUACUUCUGAGAAACAUAUUGAGAUGUAAUUUUAAUUAGCUGUCUUGGGGUUGCAAUUGGAACAUUUCAGGAUCUCAUCAAUUUUACUUAACCUAGGAGUGGUAAGAACAGAAUUCAAUUUUAAAUAAGAUGUUUACACAGUCACAACUCCUUCGAAGACCUUUGCCUCCAAAGCUCCGCCCUAAACUGCUUUGUCCUAAACCACUUUACCCAAAGAAAGAAAAAAAUCAAUCAGCUAUUACCAAUGAAGUACUCAAGCAACAAGAUCUUCCUAAACCAUCUCUUAGUAAAAUUAUUCCAAAAGAAAUGGAGAAGAAAAUUAUUCCUAGAAAAUUUUUUAAAAGGAGAAAGCAAUCCAAGAUCCAUGUCAAAAAUCUCCUUUUUAAAUGGAAGAUAAAAGGGGAUUUAGACAAGACACCAAAGAAACAUUCAAAUAUUUAUCUACUCAUCUCAAAAGUUAAAGAUAGUUGUGGCAGUCCUAUCUAUAUACCAGUUUGCAGUUGGGGAAAGGAAGAAAGUGUUUCAGAAAAGUCAUAUACAAUAAAAAACUUCUUGAUGGACAGUACUUCAGAAACUUCAGAAACAGAAAAACAUUCAAAAACCAUAUCUUCUAGGUCCCUAACACCUUUAAGUUCCCGAUCAGGACACCUAUCCAGCUACAGAAAAACCAAUAAAGAUGGCAUAACUACCCCAGACUUGGCAUAUGGACCUUUUACAAUGCCCUUUAUGAAUAUGGCAGAAGAGAAAAAUGAAGCUAAAAAUAAAAGUCAGUGGAUUUCUAAAGUGCAACCCUCUCAUGAAAUAAUAAGCAACCAAAUUUUUUCAUUUGAUAAGCUAUUAGUACCAGAAGCAAAAAAGUGUAAUACAACAGCUCUGACAGAAAGUAUCAAAAAAGGAAGGAGGAAAAAAAAAACUGAAUCUAAAUUAUCAUUAGUACCAUCAGAUACAUCAGAUUUACCUACAGACUUACUCACCAAAUUCGAAGAUGAACACCAUGAAGAUAAUGAACUCGCUAUAUAUGGGGAAGGUUUUUUUAGUAGAGAUGCAAUAGAUGUAAAUAAUCCAAAGCUAAACCUUGCUAAAAUAGCUGUUUUAAGAUGCCAUCAAUAUGGAAGAAAUGCACUUAAUUUUAAGGGUUUCUUUAUUGACAAAUGCCCCAAAUUAGACAUUUUGGCUCAUAUAUUGGUAUAUAUUAACUUGUCCUUCAAUAAUUUUACUGAAUUUCCCCAAGAGGUGUUAAUUGUAGAACAUUUACAAGUUCUUGUAAUGAGAAAUAAUCCCAUCAAAGAGCUCUCUCCUAAUAUUAAAGAAUUACAUCACCUUAAAAUAUUCAUCAUUUCCUUCAAUUUGCUAACUUCUCUUCCAAAUGAGUUGUUUUUGUUGUAUGAACUUGAGUUCCUGGAUGUUUCCUACAAUGAAAUUACUUCUAUUCCAAAUGCAAUCGAGUCUCUCAGCUCUCUUAACACUUUGAAUGUUGAUGGGAAUGAAUUGUAUUAUUUGCCACCUGGAAUUUUGAAACUUCACCUGGAGACCUUCAUUGUAGAGAAUAAUUUCAUACACCCUUUGUUGUGGAAAGAGAGCUGUAAAAAUUAUGUUCAAAGCCUCAAGGAUCUGGCUCUCUUGGCCUUUUCCUUCCACCAACUAGAGAAAGUUUAUAAGGAGCUCCCACCUGGAAUUACGGAACAACUUGUCAGCUCUAAUGUUUGUGACUGCUGCAGGGGUCCCAUGUAUGGCCAAGGACUUCGUAUCAUUCGACCUAUUGAUGCUUUUAAUGUUUCAGUUAUUCCUAUCUUGUUUUGUGUCUGCUCUGUAAAAUGCUAUAAUUAUAUACAGCGUAAUGUAACAACUUCCGUAGAUCCGGACCUAUUUUGAUAUUGAGGCUAUGACUUCAUUAAGAAGACCGAAGUUAUGCAGAAAUCAGGAAAUUUUGCAAUCUACAGGUCUUCAUAAUAUCUCUUCAAGAAUCUAACUUUGGGGCAGUAUCUUCAAAUUAUGGACCUUUUCACCUGAAUCAUCGUGAUCCAGGAGUUGUACACAAAUUUAUGAUGAAUAGGAAUCACUGGUUAUUUCUCAAGGAAGAAUUUGUAACAGUUGCUGGAAGAUACAAAGACAAGGACAAUUUUUUUUUCAUUAUGUGCUCUGCAUAAUAAGAAAAAUGUAUUGCAGUCUCUAACAAUAAACAUUUUCUGCAUCUAA